AUGGAUGCGGACGACUUCGAGUUCCAGUUGGCUCAGGAGCAGAGGGAACGGGAGGCCAAGGAGGCGGCGGCGAAGGUUAAGACUCGAGUAGAUCCAGAGGACGGCACGGAAUACGAGUGGAAUGAGUCGCUGAAGGCGUGGUUCCCGAAGAUUGACGAAGACUUCAUCGCCCGAUACCAGUCCUCUUACGGCAACUUCGAGAGCAAUGGCAGUGACAGCACCCCAUCCGCCACCACAUCCACACCGACCACAGAUACCGGCGCUACUCAACAGCCGGUGGACUCAUCGCAAUCACCGGCAACUGAUCCCAACGGUGACGAUAAGAAGGGGAAGAAUAAGCCAUUCGUAUCGAAACUACUGAAGCGUAAGGCGGAGGACCAGAAGAGCGAUGAGUGGUUUGAUGUGUCGGAUGAGCACAACACCAAAGUAUAUGUCAGUGGACUGCCAACGGAUACCACGGAUGACAUGUUCGUGGAACUGAUGAAGAAGUGUGGAUACGUUGCCAGAGAUGGCAAUGGCUUUAAGAUUAAGAUAUAUAAGGACUCGAAUGGAGAGCCAAAGGGCGACGCCUUGUGUACGUACCUCAAGAGGGAGAGCGUGGAGUUGGCGCUCAAUAUACUGGACGGACUCCUAGACUGGAGACCCGACACACCGAUAGUGUCUCACGAAAGGCCUAAAAGUGACAAAACAGUGAUCAUUAAGAAUAUGUUUUCGCCGCAAGAGUUCCAAAGAGAGCCCAAACUUAUACUCGAAUACCGGCGCGAUUUGCAGGACGAGUGCGGCGACCGGUGCGGUCCCGUCAAGAGAGUAGACGUCUAUGACUGCCAUCCGGAAGGUGUGGCCGCUAUUGUGUUCCAGGAGUUCGCGGGCGCCGACCAAUGCGUGCAACUCAUGAAUGGCAGGUUUUUUGCCGGCCGUAGGCUAACGGCCCACCUCUGGGACGGGAGGGCUAAGUAUAAGGUGGACGAGACGGAGGAGGAGGCGGAACAGCGGUUACGACAGUGGGAGGAGUUCCUCGAGAGGGAGGAACAGGAGGCCAAAGAGUGA